AUGGCGUGCUGUCGGCCGCGAGUCCUCGUCCUCCACGCCCUGUUCUGGGGACUCGUCUCCCUCAGAGUGUUUGGAGCAGCUCUGCUGAGUGAAGAGAGAACUACAGUAGUGAAAGCGGUGGCCGCCCCCUGCUGGAUGCUGGAGGAGUUUGUGGUGACCACCGAGUGUUCGCUGUGUAACGCCUUCCAGUCUCGGUCGUGGUCGUCCUGCGGGCUGACAGGAUACGUGGAGAGGGUCAACUGCACCAGAUCCAACCGGGACGAGUACAAGAGCUGCCGCUCUGCAGUGAUGGAGGAACAUCUCUUCUGGAAGUUCGAGGCAGCCAUGUUGGCUCUGAUGGCGGCGUUCGCCGUGGUCGUGGUCAUCCGUCAGCGCUGGCUCGACCGCCUCGCCUCCGAGAAGGUCCGGCGCCAGAUCGAGUCCAUCUAG